AGGACGCGGGACCAGGUCGCCGCCGCCGCCACGGGGCGCUCCCUCCCUCCUGCCCGGGUCCGGCCACCUGGUCUUCCUCUCGGCCCCGGCCGCCGCAGACUCAACAAAAUGCAACCAGGAGGCUUUUGGCUGCAUCUCAUGCUGCUUGGAAUCUCCCUGCCGGCUGCACUGGGAUGGAUGGAUCCAGAAACCAGCAGAGGCCUGAACCUGGUUCUGGGAGAGUCUCAGGCAGAGGAAUCCAGAAGCUUUGAAGUCUCAAGAAGAGAAGGUCUUUCCAGCCACAGGCUACCUGCCUCCUGCAGGAAGAAGCUCUGCAGCCGUGGGAGCCGGUGUGUGCUCAGCAGGGAAACUGGGCAGCCUGAGUGCCGCUGCCUGGAGGCCUGCAGGCCCCGCUAUAUGCCCGUGUGUGGCUCCGACGGGAGGCUCUAUGAGAACCACUGUGAGCUCCACCGUGCCGCCUGCCUGCUGGGGAAGAGGGUCGUCGUUAUCCACAGCAAGGACUGCUUCCUCAAAGACCCUUGGCUCCAACAGAGAGAAGGACGAAGCAAGGACAGAGGCUCCGUUGGGACUGGAGAAUCCAUGGCACAUUACCUGGGCCUCAUUAAGUACAUGCUGAAGGAGCAGGAUCUGGAUGGGGACUUGUUGGGGUGCUCGCCAAGUGAUCUCCUCCGAUUCGAUGACUACAACAGUGACAGCUCCCUGACCCUCCGCGAGUUCUACAUGGCCUUUCAGGUGGUUCAGCUCAGCCUCGCCCCUGAGGACAGGGUCAGCGUGACAACAGUGACAGUGGGACUGAGCACAGUACUAACCUGUGCUAUCCGUGGAGACCUGAGGCCACCAAUCAUCUGGAAGAGGAAUGGGCUUACCUUAAACUUCCUGGACUUAGAGACAUCAAUGUAAGACUUCGGAGAGGAUGACUCCCUGUACAUCACCAAGGUGACCACCAUCCACAUGGGCAACUACACCUGCCACGCCUCAGGCCACGAGCAGCUGUUUCAGACCCACGUCCUGCAGGUGAAUGUGCCACCAGUCAUCCGAGUCUAUCCGGAGACCCAGGCGCAGGAGCCAGGGAUGGCAGCCAGCCUGAGAUGCCACGCUGAGGGCAUUCCCAUGCCCAGAAUCACCUGGCUGAAAAAUGGCAUGGAUGUCUCAGCCCAGAGGUCCAAACAGCUUUCCCUUUUGGCCAAUGGAAGUGAACUCCACAUCGGCAGUGUUCGGUAUGAAGACACAGCAUACACCUGCAUCGCCAAGAAUGAGGUGGGCGUGGAUGAGGACAUCUCCUCCCUCUUCAUUGAGGACUCAGCUAGGAAGACCCUGGCAAACAUUUUGUGGCGGGAGGAAGGCCUCAGUGUGGGAAACAUGUUCUACGUCUUCUCUGAUGAUGGCAUUGCUGUCAUCCACCCUGCGGACUGUGAGAUCCAGAGGCACCUCAGACCCACGGAGAAGAUUUUCAUGAGCUAUGAAGAAAUCUGCCCUCGAGGGGAAGGAGAUGCCAUCCAGACAUGCCAGUGGGCAUCUGCAGUCAACAUCAGGAACCAGUAUAUCUAUGUGGCCCAGCCAGCACUGAGCAGAGUCCUUGUGGUUGAUGUUCAAGCCCAGAAAGUCCUCCAGUCCAUAGGUGUGGAUCCUCUACCAGCUAAGCUGUCCUAUGACAAAUCACAUGACCAAGUGUGGGUCCUGAGUUGGGGGGAUGAGCACAAGUCCCAUCCAAGCCUCCAGGUGAUCACAGAAGCCAGUACUGGCCAGAGCCAACACCUCAUCCGAACACCCUUUGCAGGAGUGGAUGAUUUCUUCAUUCCCCCAACAAACCUCAUCAUCAACCACAUCAGGUUUGGCUUCAUCUUCAACCAAUCUGACCCUGCAGUCCACAAAGUGGACUUGGAGACACUGAUUCUUCUCAAGACCAUCAGCCUGCAGCACCAUGGCUGUGUGCCCCAAGCCAUGGCCCACACCCACCUGGGCGGCUACUUCUUCAUCCAAUGCCGACAGGAGCUCCCCACUUCCACCACCCCACAGCUGAUCAUCGACAGCGUCACUGACUCUGUGCUGGGCCCUAACAGUGACGUCACAGGCACCCCCCACGUCUCUCCUGAUGGGCGCUUCAUUGUCAGUGCUGCUGCCAACAGCCCCCGGUUGCACGUGCAGGAGGUCACGAUGCAAGGGGAGAUCCGGACCCUGUAUGACCUGAAAAUAAACCUGGGUAUCUCAGAUGUGACAUUCCAGCACUCCUUCACCAAAGGCAAUCAGUAUGACAUCUAUGCUGCUCUGGAGACUGAGCCUGACCUACUGUUCCUGGAGCUGUCCACAGGGAAGAUGGGCAUGCUGAAGAACUUAAAGGAGCCACCCAUAGGGCUAGACCAACCCUGGGGGGGACCCCACAGAGUUCUGAGGGACAGUGGGUUAUUUGGACAGUAUCUCCUCAUGCCAUCCCAAGAGUCACUAUUCUUAAUCAACGGGAGACAAAAUACACUGCGGUGUGAGGUGUCAGGCAUAAAGGGGGGAGCCACGGUGGUGUGGGUGAGUGAGGUGUGAGGGAGCCCAGCACAGAGCCCUGGGCUCAAGAGCACCACGUCGUCCUAACACUGCAGCCCCAAGCAGGCACGCUGUCCAUUUUCACAGACAAAAGCAAAACCCUGUAUUGGCUUUGUGGUUCAACACUGGUCUCCUUGCAAGUUUCCUAGUAUAAGGUAUGCACUGCUAACAAGAUUGGGGUUUUUCAUUAGGAAGUAUGAUUUAUGCCUUGAGCUAUGAC